GUUGGUUAUUUUUCAAAACUAAAACAAAAUGAAGAACAUUUUAAUGUAGCUUGUAUCAUUAUCAUGCCACCGUACCGAAGACAAGGAUAUGGACGAAUCCUCGUUGAAUUUAGUUAUCUGCUAUCUAAAAUUGAAAAACAACCAGGAACUCCAGAAACACCCCUUUCCGACUUGGGUAAAAUUACAUACGAUGCAUAUUGGAAAGGUGUUAUUCUAGAAUAUUUAGAUAAACACAGAGGAAUCGACACCAUAUGCAUCAAUGAUGUUAUUAGUGAAACUGGUAAUUUAAAAACAUUUAAUUUGAAACUUUUUUAUCAGAAUUUUAUGAGACAAUCAUAACAUUAGUACAAAUUUUAAUUUAGGUUUAAUGAAACAAGAUAUUAUAUACACGUUUCAUACGCUCAACAUGGUUGUAGAAGUCUAUAAUGAAACGACAAUAUAUAUAGACUGGAAUGUUGUAGACUCUCACAUAAAGAAGAAAAUUGAGUUAAACCAAGUUCAUAUUGACCCAGAUCGGUUGAGAUGGUCACCACCAAACAAUCCAUCGAAUUUACAAUGUUCACCAGGUGAUGGCCAAGUUAGUUUUUCCUGAUAACAAAAAAA